AUGGAGGACAAUGAAGGGGAAAAGCUCCCCAAAUUCACACUCCAAAUGAACCACGAAGCCAAGCUCAAGGAGCUUCUCCGUAACCUGACGUCCUCUGAAUCUUAUCUUUUCUCUCAAUCCUCAAAAGAAUUUAUAAAAAUUAUCAAAUCUGAUUUGGGCCCUGAGUUUCUACAUGCAUAUCUCCAGACAUCUUCCAAAUUGCUUGAAAUUUCUCAAGCUUGGGACUUUCACAAAGGUAAACCCGGAUUUGUUAACAUUUUGAAUUUAGUUGCCGCAAUUCUUAAGCACGGGAAGGAUAAUAAUGCUGUUGGCAGUGGCGGUUUACUUAUUAUUGGUCGGGUUUUGGAUAAAUUUGCCUCGAGUCUGAUCAAGGAAAAGUUGACGGAUUUGUAUAAGGAGCUGAAUAGCAAAGAAGCCAAGCGGCAGAAUGCCGUGCUUUUGUUGCUGGCUACCAUUGUCAGACGUAAUUCACACUUGGCCUGGGAAGUGGCCAAAAGUUUUGACUUCAAGCUUGCCGGUUUCCCUAAGCUGGCGGAAGUGAGGUUGAGGGCAAACAAAUCUACAGACAGGAAAAGGAAGAGUCACUCAACGCGUAAAGCAUUCGUUGGUUUUGCUAUGUCGUUCUUGGAGAGUGGGAACCCGAGGUUACUCAGGGGCAUCUUGCAACAGAGGGAGAUGUACUCGGGGGUUUUGCGUGGGCUGGGGAAUGAUGAUGAGGAGACUGUAGUUUAUAUUCUUUCAAUUUUGCGAGAUCGAGUGCUUCUGCCAGAGUCCCUUGUGCCCCCCAGUCUAAGAAGUGUGCUGUUCGGGAGUGUCACUCUGGAGAAGCUGGCGGAAAUUUCGGGGAGGGAUAAUUUUGGGGAGGCAUCGGGUUUGGCACAUGCCGUACUGUUCAUGGUGUGUACUGACCCUGUGAAUGGGCUGAUGCCAGAUUUGGACAGGCGGCCGAGUCCCCUGCGUGGGAAUUUGAAGCGUCUUACGGGCUUGAUGAAGAAAUUGAAGGCGACAGAAGUUGAGUACCAUAAGGUCUUGCUUCUGGAUAUUGUGAAAGGACGUCCUUUGUUCGGAUCUGCAUAUUUUGACGAGUACCCUUACAGCGUUGAAGACCUUUCUUCAGAUAACUGGUUUGCUGCUAUUUCUUUGGCUGCAGAUGUAGUUUCCUCAAUCAGUGAUGGGCUCUCAUUUGGCUUUCUUGAUAAACCAGACGGCAGUCCGCGUGUGCAAAGUAUCUUAAAAUGCAUAGCUCCACGCUCUCUCACGAAAUCAGUUAUAAACAAAGGGUUACUUCAUGCUGAUUAUCUUGUGAAACAUGCAAUGUUGAAAUUUUUAGUGGAGGCGUUAAAGUUAUUGGAUUCUUUGGUGAACACUUUGGACAUUUUUUCACGUUCAAACGAUCAAAUGAUGCAUAGAUGGAGAAAUUUAAAGGCAGACAUCCAGGAUUACUUCCAAAUUUGGCUUCCUGAUCCCCAAGUUCUGUUUUCAUUACUUUCUCCUCUAACCAGCCACUUCAAGAGUCUCGAGUCUACUAGGAAAAGGAAGGCCAAAUCAGAAAUUGGGUCGUGGAAUGAUUUAAAUGCUAAUAAGAGGUCUAAAACUUUUGAUACAAGUGAAGACUUGGAUAUUCUUAUAAGUGGAGUCGAUUCUUCUGAGUUGGGUUUAUCUGGUGAUGUUGGAGUUGCAAAUUCAGGCAGCAAGCAACAACCAGAAGAUGGAGCUGAUAUUGUGAAAUGUGUUAGAGACCUGUGGGGUUUACAUCAAUGCUCCAUGCCUCUUAUGGAUCUAAAAGAUGUGGAUACCUAUUUUUACUCCAAGAUACUGGAAUCGCUUAAAGUCUAUUAUCGGAGCAUUCCUACGGCCAUUGAAGGAUUAUUUGAUUUGUUUAAAUUUCUACCCGAAAAUCCUCUGGUAUUGCCAACAAUUCUGCAGCAGUCUCUUUUACAACUGCUUAAUGAACACAUCAGCCAGUUUUCUAGAGGUGCGACUCCUAUGAGAACCCCACCACAAAUGUACAAGUACCUACAUCCAUUUAUCGUCUUGUUAAUUGGUUCACGGGUCAGGCACAUUAGGGAGCAAGCUUAUUCCUUGGCAAAGGCAGCCAUGUUAAGCACUGGUGCAUUCGACAGCAACAGGAGGGAGAUUUGUGCAUGGUUCUUAUUUAUACCUGGGCCAAAUGGAAAUCAUGUUUAUGAUGAAGACCUGGAGCAAGAAAUCUUGCAGAAGUUGUCUUUUGUCGUUGUUUCAUUUCUCUGUGAUGCGGUUUCCACAACAGGAAAUAACUUGUAUAAGUAUAUGCAAUUCUUGAAGCAUUAUAUUUAUGAUUCAGAUGGUGGUAAAGAUCUAUUUCCUAAAGUAAGUCCGUUUACGAUAUGUAUCUUGGAGAAAUGUGUAAGGCUGCUCAGCUCUGAAUCUGGAUCUUUCACAGUACCUCAGAAGUCACUGAUCUCACACUAUGUUUGUAACACAAUGAAAUAUCUAUUGGAUACACAGGUUGAUACUGGAACAUUGUCAUUUCUUGUUGAUCGUGUAUUAUCUGAUAAACUCGAGAAUUGUGACAGCAAAGUUGAUAUCCUGGAGCUUACCGAAUGUCCUUGUGAGUGGAGGCCAUUGAAGAUUCUUCUGCAUUUUGCGCGUGAUAUUUUUCAUAGGACGUGCUAUAGCAUUUAUUCCAGUGUUGAGAAUGCCAUGCCGUUAAAUAAUUCUUUUAACGAUACACUUAGAGAGAUCGAAAGAGUUUUGAGAAGUGAGUAUGAUACUGGACUUGUUGGAUUGAUGGUUGGAUUUUGCUUCUCAUUGAUGUGCACAAGACCUCCUGAGAUAUUACAGAAUUUUCCAUUAGUCUUAUCCAUCUCAAGUCACCUACAUGAGGUCCCUUUCUCAGUUUUAUCAUCAAUCCUUUUCCUCGAAUCAAGUUAUCUUAGUGAUGUUUUCAAAUUAUGGCCUGAUAUGUUUUUUGCUGCUCUUGAUAGUAUUACUCACUGCAAGGAAGAUGAAAUGAUAUCUGAUAACGUUAAUCUUGAUUCAGCAGAAGCUGCUUCUGUUGCAUUUAGUCAAUUCUUGAAAGUUGCUCCUUUUUGUGUACUCUUUUCAUCUGUUGCACAAAGUAACAGCAUGCAUCUACUUGAGCACUCAGGGCUUCAAAAAUUGCUUUUGGACAAAGUGACUGGGAUUCCAUUUGAUCAUCUGAUUUCUUCAUUAUGCAAUGUACUCUUCUGGACCAAUCAUGCAAACUCAUGCUACAGAGUCAGACCCUCGGAUGAACUCAAGAUGCUUUCUAAGCUAUGCUUUAUACUUGCAGAGCACUUGUUGAAACAAUUACUGGCUGAAGAUUUGGAUAUUGUCAAUCCAGCUCAUGUUAAGAUUCCUGUUAAUGUACUUUAUGCUGUAGAGGUUGCAGAAAUCAUAUUUAAUCAUCCGGCUGUGGCAGCAUCCUUGGGUUCUCCACUGUUUGGUGAUGUAGAGUUCUCGGAUUCUGUCUUUGGGGAAUCAAUGGAGAAACUUCUGAGAUUAUCCGAGCAAGUGGUUCACCAAAUGGAUCACCAUGUCCUGGAUUUAGUAAGAAUAACUUGUGAGCUUUUGUCUUCAACGUAUGAUGAUCAGAUAUCUGAACAAGUUAUAAAUGGCAGAAAGCAAAUAUCAAGAGCAUUCAAGUCACUGAAAGAGAACUUUUUUUCGGUUUUCAAGAAGAGGUUCAAUGCAUGCUUCCAAUCCGUAGACUUCAAGCCUUUUGUUCCGACAUUCUAUGCUUUGCACAGUUUUGUUAGGUUUAUAUCUCCAUCUGAGCUGCUUGAUCUGGUGAACUGGUUGAUUUCUCCGAUUGAUUUGAACAACACAAAAGUACACAAGUCAUCCAAGGAGAAUGCUCUACAUAUCAGUUUACAUCUUGCCUGUAGCAUUUUUGAUUCCCUGUCAGUGUCUAUGAGGCAGCAAUAUCUGGAAAAUGAACUAGAUAGUUCUUUCGGUGGUACUGGGCUACAUAUUGAUGUUCUGCUGCUUGAACAGAUUUUCUGUCAAGUAUUUGAGAUUGCUUAUCGUUUUAAAUUAGAUGUUGCUGAUAAGUGUCUGCUUAAAGCUUUCAGUUUUAUAAAAGUGCAUAAAGCCAUUCAACAGCCAGAUCUUUCUUCUAUUAUGGUUUUAUCAAGAGCUGUGGCAAGCACUCCUGUGGAUAUAAUCUCUUAUUGCUUACACAAGGUGAAUAGAACAACAGCGGACUUGUUGUAUCUUAUUGCUGAAACAAACCCUCUGUAUACUUCUGUCUUAGGAUUUAUGGUGACUGAGAGACUUAAUAAAUUGUUGUUUACUAGUGGCGGUGGGACACAAGAAACUUGCUCUUUUUCUGAUGAAGAAUUACUGAUGCUUUUGCCUACCAUCUCAUUGUGCUUAAAUUCAGUUAUUCCCAAAUUUGGAAAUCAACAGAGCAAGCCCUUUCAAGUUAUAUUAUCAGAGUAUGAUCGUUUGUUAUUAGGUGGGUUUUCUAAGUGGAAGAUUUUUGUCUCAGGGUUUAUUUCUGAGAUUGGUCUAGAUGGUCCUCUGAUUGCUUCCACAGAAGAAUUUUUGGAUCUUUUCUCAGGCAGUCUUCUUGGGAAGGCAAUUUCUAUGGUAGCAGACCAUUUGGCAUCAUGUGAAGGUGCAAUGACUGAUGAUAGGAGGUUGGAUCUUUUCAAUUCUGUAUGCCCGUCCGAUGCAGAUGAUAUUUUUGACUACUUGCAUGGUGAGAAUGGGCUUCAUUCACUAAAACAGCCUUUAGAGUUUGUGAACAGAGUUGUUGCAAAGAUUAACUUUUGUAGGAUGCUCUUGUUAUCUGACCACAAUGACACUCAUACUCAGUUAGAUAAUGGAGAAACAAAACCACUUCCUACGGAAGUUGCGCCUGAUAUAGAAAUGUUGAAGACACGACUUUUGAGGUCGCUAAGCAAUUCCUGGAAGAUAAUUGUCAAGAAAUUUCAGUACAAUGCUGACUACUUUGGGGACAUUGAUGGAAAGAAUCUUCCAUUGUUUAGAUUUUUGGAAGUGUUUGUAAUGAAUAAUAUAUUGGAAUUGAUGACAGAUGUGCACAAUAGUCUUACCAAGUUGGAUUCUCUUCCCUUUAUAGAACAACUUGUGAAAUCAUUUCUUCGCUAUAGGUUUGCUGAUCCUGUCACUCUGAAGAUGCUACGAAAUGUUCUCACCUUUUUAUCGCAUUGUAAAUUUUCAUGUGCUUCUCUAAUCCAUUUGUUGCUUGGUCACUCACAAUUUGCGGAGUCCAUUUAUAGGGCAUGUGAGUCUGAUUCUACUCACUUUGGCUUGAUUUUCACUCCCAUGCAGAGCAUUUUAAGAGCAAUUGCUGUUUCUAGAGUUCCUCCUGAUGCCUUAGAUGGCGAAAAAAAUAAAUCAAUAUCUGAACGGUGUUUAGUUCUGCUGGAACUUGUAAAGUUUGUCAGAGUUCUUUUCCAAAUCAUUGCACAGCAUAGAGAAUCAAAUUUUGGAGGGGAAAUUGACAUAAACUCAAGGGAGUUGGUCUAUCUUCUUUUGUCUUCAUAUGGGGCAACAUGUGCUGAAGUUGAUGUGGAAAUAUAUAAUCUGUUGUUGGAGAUCGAGUCCACUGAUAAGUCGAGUGCUGGUACUGUUGCACAAAUGGAUUACCUAUGGGGAAUUGCGUCCUUACGAGUUAGAAAUGAGUGGGAACAGGACAAAUAUAUGCAGUCCAUUAACCCGAGAAGCGUGGAAGUCGUUAAAGAACGUAGGAGGAUUAAAUUCAGAGAGAAUAUUCCUGUUGACCCUAAGUUGUGUGCUCAAACUGUGCUGUACUUUCCUUACGGUAGAUCUGUGAAUGGAGGAACUUCUCACGAAGUUCAAAAGGCUAGUUCUACAGUUAUACACGAGGCUGGUUUUGCAAUUGAUAAUCAGCGAACAUAUGAUCCUGUCUUCAUCCUCCGGUUCUCGAUACACUGUCUUUCAGUGAACUAUAUUGAACCUGUUGAGUUUGCUAGUUUGGGGUUGCUUGCGAUUACUUUUGCAAGUUUAUCUUCACCUGAUGAUAAUAUGAGGAAACUGGGAUAUGAAGCACUUGCAAAAUUCAAGUGUGCACUCGAGAAAAGCCAGAAGAAAGAUGUCGUGCGAUUGCGUCUCCUAUUAUCAUGUCUGCAAAAUGGAAUAGAGGUACCAUGGCAAAGGAUUCCAUCCAUCAUUGCCGUAUUCUUUGCAGAGGCGUCUUUAGUAUUGCUGGAUUAUUCACAUGAUAACUAUUCAACCAUAAGCAAGUAUCUCAGUAAUUCUCCUCGUGUGAACAUGAAGGCUAUACCUUUAUUCCAGAAUCUUUUCUGGAGUAGCUCCCCUAGUUUUAGAGAAGAUAGGUUGUGGAUGCUCCGGUUGUUGUAUGUGGGGCUGAAUACAGAAGAUGAUGCCCAUAUAUACAUCAGAAACUCCAUUUUCGAGACCCUCAUGAGUUUUUAUUCAUCACCACUUUCAGAUAAUGAUUCAAGGGAACUUAUUAUUCAGAUGGUAAAAAAAGCUGUUCAAUUACAUAAAACAAUGUGGUUUUUGGUUCAACAUUGUGGUCUCAUUUUAUGGUUGUCGUCUAUUGUAACAUCUCUAUGUGGGAGUGAAUGCGAAGACCAGAUGAAAUUUACCAUCAGACAAUUGCCUAUUGUAUUGGAGGUUGUACAUGAGAUUACAUCUCCCAGAAAUAUUGUUGAGUGGUUGCAAAAGCAUGCUAUGGAGCAGCUUUCUGAACUAUCAUCUCAUUUGUAUAAGCUCCUAGUCAGUGGUGUUGAACAAAUUAGGGAACAAAACAAUUUACUCACCUUGAUUCUGAAAACACUAAAGCUGGUGAUGAAGAUAUCACAGAAGAGGAAAAUAUAUCAACCACAUUUUACACUGUCGGAAGAGGGAUUAUAUAAGCUAUAUGAGGCUGUUGCAGUGUGCCCCACAACAAAGCGCUCUUCAAGUAAUGUUUUGGGACUGAAAGUUGUUCUCAUGAGUGCUCCUCUUGUCACUAUUUUCCAGAUGGAUAAAGAAAAGCUCUCAAGGUUUUUGAGUUGGGCAGUUACAACUGCAAUCCAGUCAAAGUCAGGAAAAGCGACUCAACCUAAAGAAUCCCUUGUACGUAAGCUUUUGCAUUGGCUGAUUGCCUCGGUGAUCCUUGCAACCGUAUCUUGUAAGUUAAGGAAACUCGACGAUUACAGUUUAUUGGGAAAGCCGAGCCUCAAGACUUUGCAAUCUUCGUUGGAAUUUGAUGAAAAAAGAUUUGGAAAAGAUAUAACAUGCGGGUGUGGAGUUAUAUUAGCUGCCUCAAUAUUUUACUUGCUACAGCUGGAAGGCUUUAGCCAUAAUUUGCUCCCAUCAGCUGUUUCUGCACUCUGUUUCCUACUUUUUCCGGGCUCAGAGUUGGAAUCAUUGGUCGAUCCCAAGUAUGCUUUGCCCUUGCUUUGUUCAAAAAUACGGUAUCCCGUUGAAGCAAAUCCUGCGUGGAGAUGGUCAUAUUACCAGCCUUGGAGAGACCUAACCAUGGAACUCAGUGAUACUGAGACAUUGGAUGAAAUUCAUGCAGCUGAAAUACUGCUGAUAAUGGCUUCUAAUAUUCUCUUGAAAAAUUCUGGGUUUUCGCAUUUAUUCCCACUUAAUGAUGUCGAUAACUUGCGGGUACAUGAAUGGGAAAGAAGCCUAAUUCAGCCAGAGUAA